CUUGGUUAUCCUUUCCUUAGCAUGAGCAGAGUAAUGCAGUACCAUGGCUGUCGCAGUAACAUUAAGGAUCGAAGUAAAGUGACUGAGUUAGAAGAUAAAUUUGAUUUACUAGUUGAUACCAAUGAUGUAAUUCUGGAGAGAGUGGGUAUUUUACUGGAUGAAGCCUCAGGUGUAAAUAAGAAUCAACAGCCUGUCCUCCCCGCCGGCCUGCAGGUCCCCAAAACGGUAGUGUCCAGCUGGAACCGUAAGGCAGCAGAAUAUGGCAAAAAAGCAAAAUCUGAAACUUUCCGUCUGCUUCAUGCAAAAAAUAUCAUCCGACCUCAGCUGAAGUUUCGAGAGAAGAUUGACAAUUCCAACACACCAUUUCUUCCUAAAAUCUUCAUUAAACCCAAUGCUCAGAAACCCCUCCCUCAAGCCCUCUCUAAGGAAAGACGGGAACGCCCACAGGAUCGUCCUGAGGACUUGGAUGUCCCCCCUGCACUGGCUGAUUUCAUCUAUCAGCAGAGAACCCAGCAGGUUGAGCAAGAUAUGUUUGCACAUCCUUAUCAAUAUGAACUAAAUCACUUUACUCCACCAGAUUCAGUGCUUCAAAAGCCACAACCUCAGUUAUACAGACCAAUAGAAGAGACACCGUGCCAUUUCAUAUCCUCCCUGGAUGAACUUGUGGAACUCAACGAAAAGCUCUUGAAUUGUCAGGAAUUUGCAGUCGACUUAGAGCACCACUCUUAUAGGAGCUUCCUGGGACUGACCUGCCUGAUGCAAAUUUCCACUCGGACAGAAGACUUCAUCAUUGACACCCUCGAGCUUCGAAGUGACAUGUACAUUCUCAAUGAGAGCCUCACAGACCCAGCUAUCGUUAAGGUCUUCCAUGGUGCCGAUUCAGACAUAGAAUGGCUACAGAAAGACUUUGGGUUGUAUGUAGUAAACAUGUUUGAUACGCAUCAGGCAGCACGCCUUCUUAACCUGGGCAGGCACUCACUAGAUCAUCUCCUGAAACUCUACUGCAACGUGGAAUCAAACAAGCAGUAUCAGCUGGCUGAUUGGAGAAUACGCCCUCUGCCUGAGGAAAUGCUCAGCUACGCCCGGGAUGACACCCAUUACUUGCUGUACAUCUAUGACAAAAUGAGGCUGGAGCUGUGGGAGCGCGGCAAUGGCCAGCCCAUGCAGCUGCAGGUGGUGUGGCAGCGGAGCAGGGACAUCUGCCUCAAGAAAUUCAUCAAACCUAUCUUCACGGAUGAGUCCUACCUCGAACUCUAUAGGAAGCAAAAGAAGCACCUUAACACACAGCAGUUGACAGCCUUUCAGCUGCUGUUUGCCUGGAGGGAUAAAACAGCUCGCAGGGAAGAUGAAAGUUACGGAUAUGUACUGCCAAACCAUAUGAUGCUGAAGAUAGCUGAAGAGCUGCCUAAGGAACCUCAGGGCAUCAUCGCAUGCUGCAACCCAGUACCACCCCUUGUGCGGCAGCAGAUCAACGAAAUGCACCUUUUAAUCCAGCAGGCUCGAGAGAUGCCCCUGCUCAAGUCUGAAGUUGCAGCCGGAGGGAAGAAGAGCGCACCACUGCCCAGUGCUGAGAGAUUGGAGAAUGUUCUCUUUGGACCUCACGACUGCUCCCAUGCCCCUCCGGAUGGCUAUCCAAUCAUCCCAACCAAUGGAUCUGCGCCAGUUCAGAACCAGGCGAACCUCUUCCCUGAUGAAAAAGAAGAUAACUUGCUGGGUACCACAUGCCUGAUUGCCACAGCUGUCAUCACAUUAUUUAAUGAACCUAGUGCUGAAGACAAUAAGAAGGGUCCGUUGACAGUUGCACAGAAAAAAGCCCAGAACAUCAUGGAGUCCUUUGAAAAUCCAUUUAGGAUGUUUCUGCCUUCACUGGGACGUCGCGCUCCCGUCUCUCAGGCAGCGAAGUUCGAUCCAUCAACGAAAAUCUAUGAAAUCAGCAACCGUUGGAAGCUGGCUCAGAUACAAGCGCAAAAAGAGCCUAAGGAAACUGACAAGAAGAAGGCACCUGAGCAAACAGCAGGUGCUGUGUAUAUUGACUGUGGGAAGUGCUGGGGGUGCUGUAGCUAUGUCCUGACAGUGGCUGGAGAAGGCAGUCUAAUGAAUGUGACAUUGAAGACACCUGAGCAGCCUAGCGAAGAGCAUUCUGGAGCCACAGCACAGCAAGCCCAGGGGCCCUGGGGUAGUUCACUGGGCAUGCUCAGCAGCAGCAAGUGGGCCCACAGGAGCAGAACAGGAGAAGAGCAGGAAGAUGGGGAAGGAGCCAGCAGGGGCCCACAGGAUGACGCUGGCUUUCACUCCGAGUUCAGAAGCCAGGAGAGGGCUGUGGCCCUCUGGCUGCUAUGUUGAGAGUAGACUAGAGAAGAAAGGACGAGAGCCGGGGAAGGGAUAGGCGAUGCGACAGUGACCCAGGUGACAGGGGAUGGUGGCUUGGAGACCAGCAUGGGAGCAGGGGAUGUGGUGAGAAGCCGUCAGAGCCUGGAUCUAGCCUGUAGCAAAGCUGACAGCAUUUGAAGAUGAGGUGGAUGUGACAUGUAAGAGAAAGGAGUGAGCCUUGGAUGACGGCUUUGUCCUGAGCAGCUGGAAAGCUGGAGUGGCUGGCAGCCAAAGUAGCUGGUUUGAGUGGGCUUGUCCAUGAUGGUGACGAUCCUGUUAAACACCCUCAGGUCCACAGGCCACUGAGCGUUCGGGUUCACAGGAGAGGAGCAGGCAGGGCUGGGGAAGAUCAGCUCACAUGUAGGUGAAGGUGGGCAGAGCACUGCAGCCUGAGUCCCAGGCAGCCUAAGUCCCAGGCAGCCUGUCCUGUAGAGGUUGGGAGACCAGGGAGCUGAGAGGGAGGGGAGAUCAGCUGUGACAAGCCCUGUGGCUAGGCCGAGUUGGAGGAGGAUGGAGAUGGAGGAGGCUGGUUGCUGGA